AUGGCGGAGCUCAAGGAAGCAGACGCCGAACAACUACACCAGGAGGACGUCGAUAUAAAAGGUGGUGGAGUCUCAGACACACUGGUCCCAGAAGAGAGACAGCCUGCUGAGGAUGAUGCAUCUUCAGCCAGUAGUACUGUGGGGAAGACUGAGGCACUGGCAGGGGACAAUGAUGCCAAACCAUCAACCACAACCAGUGAUAGACACAUCUCUAUCCAGACCAAACUAGAGGGCCUGGAGGUGCUGACCGACCUAAACGGAGCUGGGAGGAAGGCAUGUCCACUAUGCCCUGAGGAGAAGUUUAAGGCCUGCUACAGCCACAAGCUACGACGCCACCUCCAGAACCUCCACUGGAAGGUCUAUGUGGAGUUUGAAGGUCAGAAGAUGUGCAUCUGUCACCUGCCCUGCAGACAGCUGAGGCCCAGCCCCAGCCCCAAUGGAGACCAGGCUCCAGGCAGGCUGGUGGCACAUUACCACUGUGUCGUGUGUUCAGUCACCAUCGCCCGCAAGACGGACAUGAUCAGUCACCUGAAACGCCACGUCAACAAAGGAGAGACUGAGGCCAGCUACUCAGGCAGCUCUGAUGUGCCCUUUGAGGAACCAGCUCCGUCUGGACAGGCCUAUGAGAUAAUGAAAGAGCUGGGGACCAAUGUUCAGCUCAUGCCCAACCAUACGACCCCACAGAAGACUGACACCUACUUCAACCGCAAGAUGAAGACCAACAGGCAGCUAGUUUUCUGUUCCCUGGCGGUCCUGGCUGAGGAGAGGAACCCGUUGGAGAGUCUGGAUGCGUUUGGAGCCACAGGCAUUAUGGGACUCCAGUGGGCCAAGCACCUGCGGAACGCCGUCAAGGUGACCAUAACCGACAUCAAUGAAGUGUGUGUCAAGAUGAUCCGCGAGAACUGCAACCUCAACCACAUCCGGGUGGAGGGGUCGCGGGGGUCAUCCCGGGUCCCUGACGGGGGGGCGGGGGAUGUGGACGGGGUGCCCAUCGCUACCGUGGAGGUCGCCAAGAUGGAUGCCAACGUUAUCAUGCACCUGAGGUCUUUUGACUACAUACACCUGGACCCGUUUGGCACGGCUGUCAAUUAUCUGGACUCUGCUUUCCGGAACAUCCGGAACCUGGGCAUCAUCUCUGUGACGUCCACGGACACGGGCUCCCUCUACUCUAAGUCCCUGAACGUCACGAUGCGCCACUAUGGCUCGAAUAUAGUCCGCACAGAGUACUACAAGGAGCUGGCUUCACGCAUGGUGCUGGCCACUGUAGCCAGGGCGGCGGCACGCUGUAAUAAGGGCAUAGAAGUGUUGCUGGCGGUGGCUGUGGAACACUUUGUCCUGGUGGUCGUCAGAGUCCUCAGGGGUCCCACCCAGGCCGACGAGUCAGCCAAGAGGAUCAGACAGCUCAUCCACUGCCAGUGGUGUGAGGAGAGGGUGUUCCUCAAACAGGGGAGCAUGGUGGAGGAAAACCUGUACAGACAACUGCCCUGCAACUGUCAUGGAAGCAUGCCUGGCAAGACAGCGGUGGAGCUGGGACCGCUAUGGUCUGGUCCUCUGUUUAACUCCGGGUUCCUGAGGAGGAUGUUGUUUGCAGCGGUGCAGCACAGUAUGGAGGAUAUUCAGCCUCUGGUCAAGACUCUGAUCUGUGAGUCCGAGUGCACAACUCUCAAGUCCUCUGUUCACGGGCCCACUGCACUCAUCAACCAAGUGGAAUGUGGUGUCGUCAUCAAGGUACAGAAGGUGGAGGAGUCAGGCACCGCUGACCACUCAGGGAAGAGAAAGACAGGAGAUGAGCCAGGUAACGUGGUGAAGAAGCUGAAAUCAGACGGGUGUCUGGAGCACCCAGCCUUCUACUACGGUAUUCACCGCCACAGCAUCAGAGGCAUGAACAUGCCCAAGUUGAAUAGAUUCCUGCAGUACUUGACGGAGGCGGGCUUCAGAGUGAGCCGCACCCACUUUGACCCAACAGGGGUGCGGACCGACGCCACGCUGGACCAGUUCAAGUCGGUGCUCACCAAAUACAGCGUGCCCACCUACACCAACACCACGGCAACCCAAAACCCAGAGGAGACGGUACGGGCUAUGGAGUGACACACCCUGGGGAGAAUCCAGGCCUCAUCACCUCUUCUCUCCCUCUGAGGUGACAUAUGUCUCAAAUGCCACCCUAUUCCCUAUAUAGUACACUACCUUAGACCAGGGCCCAUAACCCUAUUCCCUAUAUAGUGCACUACUUUAGACCAGGGCCCAUAACCCUAUUCCCUAUAUAGUGCACUACUUUUGACCAGGGCCCAUAGUAGUACACUAUAGGUAAUAGGGUGGCAUUUUCUCUCUGUGCAGGGACACUGGUUUGAAAGAGUGGCUCACUCUGCACUGAUUUGUAUUUUCCUCUUGGUUUCAUUCAUCACUGGUACUUUGUAAAUGUUCUCUUAGAAGUCACAAUGCUUCUAGAUUAAUAGAGUUCUGCUUUUCCAAUAGAGCUGAAAUAAUGGUUAAAUGCAGACAGAUAAUAGCCUCUAUUCUGCUCAUUGACUCAUAUUUAUUAUUUUUGUGAAUAAUUCCUUUACAAUUUUAUUUUCUGAGUUCAUCUUAAAGUUCAUGAUGGCCGUUUUCAUCUUUUAAUCGUUUUUUUUUAUGUACAUUUUUACUCUGGGUAAAGGGUAAUAAAAUAUUGUUGCAAAGCCUGAA